ACCAUGAAGCUGCUUCUUCCUCUGACUCUGCUCUGGGCGGCGUCAGCCACCGCUCAAGAACCUCUCCAGUGUCUGAGCUGCUUGGACGACUCCUGUUCCUCUCCGGUCUCGGUGUCCUGCUCCUCAGAGACCAUGUGCAUCACAGCCUCCUUUCGAGAUGGCGGAUUUUUCGACAGUCCAACCCAGAGAUUCUUCAGAGGCUGUGUGACGUCCGCCGUGUGUCCGACCACAGGAGAUCGGAUAUAUUCAACGGUCCUAAAUGACGCUGGUGUUGUGGUAUCUGCCAUAUGUUGUGACACGGAUGACUGCAACACAGAAACUCUUCCUGUCCCGAUUCUUGGGCCACUCAAUGACGUCAGGUGUAGAUUCUGCGACACCGCUGGAGACUGUUCAGUGGUCGAGCGGUGUGUAGAGCCGGAGGAUCGAUGCUUCCAAGGGAACGUAACAAGCGGAUCUGGGACGCUUCCAGCUGCUGGCUGUACAUCUCAAAGUGCCUGUCAAGCUUUUGAAGACCUGGGGACAUUUCCUCUACUGACAAACAUUGGCGUCUUCACCAGGGGACCAAUCUGUUGUCAAGGAGACAGAUGUAAUGAUGGGCUAUUGACAACAACAACCUCUACAUCUGCUCCCACCACAACAACUCCUGAACCAACCACAACAACGACUGACCCAACAACAACUACUAAACCAACGACCACUACUAAAAAACCAAAAGAACGACCCCUCAAACUACUACAACUAAAAAACACACAAUUUUCCCAACUUCUGCUGCCCUACCUGCAACUCCAACAAUUAAGCCUCCAGCAAGGGCAACUACUCCCUCUCUUCCAGCUUCAUCGGCAGCUUCAUCGGCAACUACUUCGCCAACGGCGCCGACUUCUCCUUCGCCUACGACACUACCACUGACAAUAGCGGGUACUUUUGCUAAUGGCGGUGAUGACCACUUCUCAAAAACGCUGUAAAGGGAUCUGAGGUGAUAUUAGGGACCAUUCCAGCUGUGUG